UGCCAGUACCGUUAAGUCUCCCCACAAGUGUGAGAACGUGAUUUUUGGAAAACUGUUGUUAGAUUUUGCACAUACCUAUUUUGUAUUUGAAAGGGUUUUAGUGUACAAGUUUGGCGGUUCUAUAUUUUCUAUUAAAAAGCGUCAUUUCUGAGGUGAUAUCAUUGUCAGCUUGGAAAAUAAGACGCAUGUUUAGGCAGAAGGAACUGGCACAAACAUAAUGUUUUAAAUACUGUAAUAUUAUUUUGCUCAAACUGAAAAAAUAAAAAAAUGCCCAAAUGUAGACUACGUACUGAAAAUUAUCACACCAAAUAACUUACAUUUCAUUCUUAAAAUGAAAGGAUUGGGAACUUUCAACUGGACUUUAAGCAAAAAAAAAUGGUCAACAUCACAUUAUAUGGCUAAAAUGUCAGCACAGAAUAAGACUACAAACUAAGACUAAAUCUACCAUAUUUUUCUAAGACAUUAAAAUUGCAAUGUUUCACCAAUAGGCGCCAAGCCUCGAUGCUUAGUGUGACUUCACUUCCCAAUUUUAGAAUGGAGAGCAAAAAAACCGUUGCCAUCCGGUUAUGGUCUAAGCGAAAAUUGUUGCAAUGGUUUGCACUGAAGAGUAAAUGCGCCUGUGCAGACAGCCGAUGCGCUUCAGUAAGGUUUCAAAAGGGUAUUACUUAUUGAGUGCUUAACUAAAACUACUUCAUGAGCCAAAAAGACUAAACGAAAACUGCAAUGGACUGUACAAUUAAGGUAGGCGUUUGAUCUGGUUUUAUUGUCGAUUCUGAAAAUGAGACGAUAGUCCGCAGCCACCCACUGCUUGGGUUAGCAGCUUUGUGUUUGCUGAGUGAGAGAGGCAAGGCGGUGAUGCAGGUCCCCACUCUUUCCUUCUUGUACAAAAUUUCCUCUUCCUUCCCGUUCGUGGUUGAAUGUCGGCUCUUUAAUAACACAAGAAACCACUACAACAUUUAGACUCAGAUAAAAACUAAAUGGUGGCCAGUUCGCGCCAGAAAGGGAAGCGCUGUCAGUCGUGAGUGAGGACCAAUCCAUUUUCGAACCAGCCUUCAGUGCCCCCCAGGCCAUGCACAUGAAGGGGGAGAUAACGACGACGACAACGACACCGUCUGGCUUCCGCCAGAGUUCCGAGGAGAGUCCCGAACCCACUGAACCCGAGUGGGUGGGGUCUGGCGCGCAGAACCCGGGGAAAAGAGUGGAACAUGUCAACGGAACCAGCCGUGAGUCCCCGGUGGACUGCAGCGUCACGAAGAGGACCCGGCACAUGAGUAACAGCGACGGGGGCCAGUUGGCCUACCAGGCCUCAUAUCCCGAGGCCCGCACCAGCCCCCAGACCACCACUCCCCCUAGCAGUGCCACAGAGGAAAAGAGGGUCAUCGUUCCGGCAGACCCUGAGGUGUGGACACAGGACCACGUACGGCAGUGGGUAGACUGGGCCAUCAAAGAGUACGGCCUGGUGGAGGUUGACGUGUCUCUUUUCCAGACGCUGGAUGGCAAGGCACUCUGCAAGCUGUCCAAGGAGGACAUGAUGCGCCUCACGUCUGAAUACAACACCGACAUCCUGCUCUCACAUCUCAAUUACCUCAGACAGAGCAGCCCCACCUUCUCUUACCCCUCAACACCCACCAACACACCCCAACAGCCCAGACUACAAGUCAAAGCAGAAAACAGCUUUGAAGAAAUCAGCAGAAGGAACAGCUGGUCGUCAACCGUCAUGCCUGUUGUUCCAAAGGUGGGCUCCCCCAUAGACCCUCAGCACACCCCCAGAGUCACAGAGCCUCCCCCAAGAAUUGUUCAAGACCCAUACCAAGCAUUAGGCCCCAUCAGCCAGCGACUAGCCAAUCCAGAAACCCCACUGACCUAUAGCAAGAGCCAAACAGCCAAAGUCAGUUCACAAAGAGUGAUCAGCAUUGGCCCUCACAAGAUCGUGGGCUCUGGUCAGAUCCAGCUUUGGCAGUUUCUGCUGGAGCUCCUGUCAGACAGCAACAACUCCUCCAUCAUCACCUGGGAGGGCACCAACGGCGAGUUCAAGAUGACCGACCCGGAUGAGGUGGCCAAGCGCUGGGGCGAGCGGAAGAGCAAGCCCAACAUGAACUACGACAAGCUGAGUCGCGCGCUGCGCUACUACUACGACAAGAACAUCAUGACCAAGGUGCACGGCAAACGCUACGCCUACAAGUUCGACUUCCAGGGCAUCCACCAGGCUCACCAGAACCACACCGCCGAGGGCAGCGUGCUCAAGUACCAGGCAGAGAUGCCCUACGUGCCCUCCUACCACAGCCAUCAGCCCAAAAUGAACUUCAUGAGUUCGCACGCGCCCCCCAUGCCUGUGUCGUCCGGGAACUUUUUUGCGGGGCCCUCUACCUACUGGAACUCAGCCACAGGGGGGAUGUACCCCAGCGCCGCCAUGCCCAGACACCCAGGAAGCCACGGCCACCUGGCCUCUUACUACUGAAGCCCACCUGACGACUCUCCUGUCUCGCUUCUCACCCGACUCCUGGGGCGUAUUCCAGGUACGUGGUUUGGUGAGUAAUCCGGAUAAGUUAACUCAUAGUAAGUAGUAAACCUCCUAAAAAAGGAUCCCUAUGGCUUUGUUUUGGCGUGAGAAUGAAGCAAUAGGUUUACCACUUACUCAGAGUUUACUUAUCCAGGUUCGUCACUAAGCCACGUAAUAGGAAUACCCCCCUGAUAUUGAUACCAUGGCAUUACAGCAGUUUGUCACUGUUGAGUUUUUAGUUUUCCAAGUUUAUCACCAAUAUACUUAUAUGAAAAGUGUAUAAACAAUACAUACAAUACAAUACAAACAAAACAUAAUGUUUUGUUGUCAACCUAAAUUUGUAAAUACAUUUUUUGUUAUUAUAUUGUGCAAUUAAGGAUAUCAUAAUGUCUGUAAAAAUGUCUGUUGUAAUGUUUUUCCUUUUCUUUUAUAUCAUUGUGGUAUACUUAGGAGUUGUAAUACAAAUAUGUCUCAAUACAUCUCAAAAUAUCUAGCUACUACUAUAACUGUAACACAUGAUCUAGUUUCCGAAGGCUCCUUGAACAGUAUUACAGUACUGUAUUAAGACCAAGUUAUUAUCUAAACAUAAACGAUGCAUAUAAACGAUGACAAAAACAACAAGAAUGAAGACUGUACACAAUACUGUAAAUACUGUCCAAAUGUUCUUGUAGAUACUUUUUUGUAAUACACUCAAAAAAACAUAUGUAUCUUUUCCUUUGACAAUAAACUAUAACUUCCACCAAG